AUGGUGGAGUUUCGGGAGGUUGCCGAAAAGCGAUACCUGUGCUGCCACCAAAGUCGGAGCACCCUUCGAAGGAUUGCAGUAUACGUGGCGGGUCCAUUUCCGGAAACAAAUAAUAGAAAUCGUUAUAUUCUUGUCGUCAUGGAUUACUUCAGCCAGUGUCCUGAAGCAUACGCCAUUCCAAACCAAGAAGCCAAAACAGUCGUAGACCAAAUUGUCUUCAACUGGGUGAGCAGAUUCGGCGUUCCAUCAGAACUGCAUUCUGAUCAGGGAAGGAAUUUUGAAUCAAACAUAUUUCAGGAAGUUUGUGGGCUUCUUGACAUUAUCAAGAAUACAAGAAUAACAGCACUCCACCCACAAUCUGAAGGCAUCGUCGAACGAUUCAACCGAACCCUGAAGGAACAUCUUUGCAAAGUUGUGGAUGACAACCAACGAGAUUGGGAUCGACACAUUAUACUGUUUUUGAUGGCGUAUCGAAGUGCAAAACAUAGCUCAACUGACCAUAAUCCGUCUGACAUUUUGAUAGGAAGGAACACCAGACUGCCGAGCGAAAUAAAAUUUGGAUGUCCCACGUCGGAGCCGCAAGCCGAGGAUGACUACAUUGGUGACCUCAGAGAAAGACUCCUGCAGUGA